ACUUCCGAUACCCUGUGUUAGCAAAGACUGCAAAACCCUAACCCUAAAUUCCUAAGGUCUGAAACGGAGAUUGAAGCCGAGAUGUCUGAAAGAGAAGAAGAUAUCGACUCGGACGCUCCCGAGGAAUUCACUUCCGAACAGGGACUAGAAAAUGACGAAGAGCUAAGAAAAGUUCAAGAAGAAAAUAAGGCCAGGAUUGCUCGUGAAGGAAAAGACCGUCGCAGGCAAUGGGCUCAGAAGAAAACACCAAGAAAACCUCCUAGGGCUGAAAACAUCCGAGAUGUAAUAGAACCUGAAUCAACCAAGGAGUCCCCGGAUAAUGCCGGAAUGCUACCAAAUGACAUUGUCAAACUGCUGGCAGCUCGUGAAAAGAAAGUUUUCGAAUCAGACUCAGAAGGGGAGAAGGAAGAGACAACCAAUAAAAAGAGAAGCUCCAAGAAGAAAAGGUCCAAAAGCUCUGGGCUUGAACCCAUUAUUUUGAAGGACCUACCACCUCCUCAAUGCUUGCAGAAUUCCUUGGAGUUUUUGAAGAAAAGGAAAAUGCAGGUUGCAAGAUCUUCCUCUGUUUUGAACAACUCCAAUCAAGCACUACGCCUGCUUUCUAAAUCUGGCUUGUUAAGUAUGAAAUAGUUUCUAUGAUAAGAGAUAAAGUGAUGAACUUAAAUGUUUAGACUCAAUUCUGGAACUGUGGCCAGUGCAUUUUUGUUACGGUUCAAAAAACUACAAGGUGGUAUUGUUGUUUGUCAAAUCAAUUGCAUAUGUCAAUCCUUCCAUUUCUACCUUUUCUGCA